AUGGUGGAUUAUAACGCACUGCCGACCCCUCCGGCCUGUUACUCCGACUUUUGCCUGAUCCCGGUCGGUACGGGCAAUGUCUCUGUGGCCAAGGACGUGGCUGAAGUCCAGAAGCUGCUGCAAGCGUCUGGCCUCACGGUGACGAUGCACGCCAGCGGAACGACUGUGGAGGGCAGCUGGGACGACGUGAUGCGCGUCAUCGGCCAGGCCCACACGCUCGUACACCAGCGCGGCGUCCUGCGUGUGCAAUCGUCAAUGCGUGUCGGCACGCGGACCGACAAGAAACAAACAGCUGCCGACAAGGUCAAGAGAGUGCACGACAUCCUCGACAAGGAUCAAUAG